CACGUACCAGCAUCCCAGUGGUCCAGCGGCUGUACACAAUGUCAUUUCUGCUCGACGUUCUUCCGGCGUUUCGCGAGCGAAACGAUCCGCGCGAGUAAUGAGAGCCGGACCGGAGUCCGCCCGGGGUAUCGCCGACUGAUAAACGCGCGCCGGAGAUCGAACGCUCAGAUUUACGACAGAUUAUGAUACACAAGAGGGACGCGGGAUAAAAGCGCCGUAUUUAGAGAACGAGUAACGAGGAAUCCGGGAAUCCGUGCAGGCCGAAGCGCAAGAUGCUUUUGAUGAGCCUAAUCUAAUCGCACGUUUGAUCACAAAGCAAAAUGAUGUUCUCUCUAAUCAUCCUGAUCCUUUCGGUGGGAAUUUGCUACAGCAAUCCAGACGCUAAGAGACUUUACGAUGAUCUGCUCUCAAAUUAUAAUCGAUUGAUUCGACCUGUAUCCAACAAUACUGACACUGUUGUCGUGAAAUUAGGGCUCCGUCUCUCGCAGCUGAUAGACCUCAAUUUAAAGGAUCAAAUCUUAACAACGAACGUCUGGUUAGAGCAUGAAUGGCAAGAUCAUAAAUUCCAGUGGGAUCCCUUCGAAUACGGUGGUGUCACUGAACUCUACGUGCCCAGCGAGCAUAUAUGGCUGCCCGACAUUGUACUUUAUAACAACGCGGACGGAGAAUAUGGUGUGACGACAAUGACUAAGGCCAUUUUGCAUUAUACUGGCAAGGUGCUUUGGACUCCUCCAGCAAUUUUCAAAUCCUCCUGUGAAAUAGACGUUAGAUACUUUCCCUUCGAUCAGCAAACCUGUUUUAUGAAAUUCGGCUCGUGGACGUACGAUGGUUUCCAAAUCGACUUAAAGCACAUUAAUCAAAAUGUGGGCGACAAGGUCGAAGUAGGUAUCGACUUGCGAGAAUAUUAUCCAAGUGUAGAAUGGGAUAUAUUGGGCGUUCCGGCAGAACGACAUAAAAAAUACUACCCAUGUUGUCUCGAGCCCUAUCCCGACAUUUUCUUCAACAUAACUUUACGUCGAAAAACACUGUUCUACACGGUGAAUCUUAUAGUGCCGUGCGUCAGCAUCUCUUACCUGUCGAUUUUGGCCUUCUAUUUGCCGGCCGAUUCCGGAGAGAAGAUCGCGCUCUGCAUCAAUAUCUUGCUAUCGCAGACUAUGUUCUUCUUAUUGAUAUCUGAGAUUAUACCAUCCACGUCGCUAGCACUACCGUUGCUCGGCAAAUAUCUACUCUUCACGAUGAUACUAGUUGCGUUUUCAGUCGUGGUAACGAUCAUUAUUCUGAACGUGCACUAUCGCAAACCGAGCACCCAUAAGAUGGCACCUUGGGUGAGAAAGAUCUUCAUCAGAAGAUUGCCGAAGCUACUUCUGAUGAGGGUGCCCGAUGAUCUUCUCAGUGAUCUCGCCGCGCACAAGAUACAUGGAAGAGGAAGAUCGGGAAAGAAGAGCAAGUUCAAUGCUGCUAUCUCAGCUGCGGCGCAAUCAUCAUCGGUAAUAUCUUCACCGGAUUCUGCACGUCAUCAUCGAAUCGACGGCUGCAACGGUUUACACAGGACAACUGCCCAUAACCGAUUCCUAGUAGGCAGUUUAGGAUACAACGGGCUUCCAACAGUUAUGUCUGGUCUUGACGAGUCAUUAAGCGAUGUAACGCCAAAGAAAAAAUAUCCCUUUGAACUGGAAAAGGCUUUGCACAAUGUUAUGUUCAUUCAGCACCACAUACAACGCCAGGAUGAAUUCAAUGCAGAAGAUCAAGAUUGGGGUUUCGUCGCAAUGGUUAUCGAUCGCCUCUUUCUGUGGAUAUUCUCAAUAGCUUCAAUAGCCGGAACCUUCGCUAUUCUAUGCGAAGCACCGGCACUCUACGAUGACACGAAACCGAUCGAUACGGAAUAUUCCAAUGUUGCUCAACAGCAAUUUCUCCCACCCGGUCAGGAGUUAUUGAAGACUAUCGUAUAGUAGAUGUAUCGUAUUCGUUAGGACACGCGCGAUGUGUUUCUAAUGUAUUAUCAACAUGAAAGGGAAGCAGCGAACUGUCUUUCCGAGUAUAGCAAAGUUGUGAUAGGUCAUGGCCGUGGAACCGAAGAAACAUCUCCAAAUGCGAAACGUAGUUCGCAAUCGUUCAUUAUAUAUAUAUAUAUAACGAUUCGUACUCGAAUAUUCAAAUUAUAUCUAGAUAAAUUACGAUCUUCAAUUUUAAGACGUAUAUAUGGAAUAUAGUUAAUGCUAGUAUAUAUUCGGUUCUAGGAACUGGCCUAAUGAUAUAAACGUGAUUAAUUCCGAAACUGACAAUUCGCUAGCUUGCCUCGUGAGCGAUGAUUACAACACGAUUAUAUUCCCGAAAGAAAUUGUUUUUGUAUCUACUAUUAUACGCGCAAAUAGUGCGCGACUCGUUCUUUGAUAAUAACGUCUAUUGAUGUUCGCAAUGUUACAGCAGAAGACUUCACGAUAGAUAUUAUUUGUAAAAUUUUUGGUAACGUUAGUUACACAGACGAUAUUGUAUAACGGUGAUAUCUUAUCCGCACACCAAAAUCUAACUAUGUAUAAGAUAAUUUUCAUGCUCCAAUUAAUAUCUUCCUAAAGAGCAAUCGAUUCAUAUAUGUAGCGUAGUUUUUCGAUAAAUUAUAAACAGGACUUUUUUUAUUACGAGACAUAUAUGUGUGUGUGUGUGUGUGUGUGUGUGUGUGUGUGUGUGUGUAUAUGUAUAUAUACACUCAAAUUUGUUCGAUAUACUGAUGUGCACAUUGAAAGCUAAAAUAAAAGUUUUAAAAAUUAAACCUUAAUUAAGUCUUUCUUUAAUUAAAUAUAAACACGUGAUAUAUACAUCUUAAUCUGAUAAAUAUAAACGCAUUUGUAAC